CGAUGAACUCCACCAUCAGGCUGCUCGUUCCUCGCACGCUGUCGUGGAUCAUAUUGUCGAAGGCGCAGCGCAUCAAAAGCGGUUGUGCUGUCUGUCUAGCCUUCCGUGACGCUAGUCUUCGCAUCUUCGAUUCUGACCAUCCGCGAAGGGAAGUGUUGCUUUCGGCGCUCGCCCACUCAGCCUCUGGACGAGAGAAGAAGGCGCGUGCGUGCUCGAGCUUCCCGCGAAUCCGUCGAGGCCGCCGGGCUGUUGCCGCCGCGGCGCCCACGAUAGGAUGGAUGCCCCCAGCUGGCCCUUCCAUGGCUACGGCCGCCCGCGUCCGCUGGCGCGCCCGGCCCCCUGGCACCUCGGCAGGCCCCGGCCUGCCCAGCGCUGGGGCGCGGACAGGUACCCCGUGGCGGCGCAGGCGAGAGGAGGCGACUCGAUCAGAGGACGAGCGGCUCCGCCGCCUGCCUUGGGCGGACGCCCAGGAGUGGCCCCGGGCGCCGCGGCGGCGGGCCGGCGGCGCCGCCGCGGGCCUCCAGCGCCCCGGGGCCCCGCCGGCCGUGCGCCAGGGCGACCAGUGGGUCGACGCCGUGCGCAUGCUGGAGGAGGUGCGCCGUGGGAGGGUGGAGCCGAGCUUGGACCUCGGCACGGUGAUGUCGCUCUGUCCUGGCAGCGUAUGGGCGCAGGUCCUCGACAUGCUGGGCAGGGCGCUGCUGACAGGGCUCGAGCCCGACAUCCACUGCUUCAAUAGGGCGUCCACGAGCUGCAAGCGAGGCGGGGUGUGGUCGCGGGCGCUGAGCAUCAUGGUGGCAUCUGCGUGCAGGGGGCUGGAGCUGGACGCUUUCAGCUGCAGCUCCGCGACGAGUUCCUGCAGCUGGCCCAGCGCCCUGGGUUUGCUGUUGAGGGCGCGGACCGUGUCCAUAGAGCUGAACACCGAAGUCUGCACCUCUGUGAUGAGCGCUUGCAGCGGGGACACCGGUGGCUGGGAGAGCUCCCUGUCCCUGCUUUCCACCAUGGCGGCGCUCGGGAUGGAGAUCAGCUUAGCCUCUCGCACGAGCGCCAUACAGGUUACGAGUUGGCCCGGUGGUUGGGCCCGAGCAAUAUCCCUGCUCAUGCCUUCGCAGACACCUGGUGCAUUCAUCCAUCCAGAUGAAUAUGUUGCGGAUAAUUGGAUAUGUCCCCAAUGCGGGUACGCAUUAAAUUUCGCUUACAAGAGACAGUGCAGAAUGUGCCCGUGUUUCCAAGACGGAAGUGGCCAAGGGCGGGGCUUGUUCGAGUCCCCUGAGCGAUUGAGGCAGGGAGUGGAAGCAUUCGUGGCCCGAUACCCCGUGGAACCCCGCGUGUACCGCCGGCUCACGUUGAGCUCCACCGCGGUCAUCCACAGCGUAAUUCAGCACUUUGAGCACCUGAAGCCGCCACCUAGAGGCAGCGACUGCUCACAGUUGGUCAACAUCCGGUUGCGAAGAUGCAGCGGAGAGCCGCGGCGGGCUCCGUCAGGGCGGAGCUACAGCGCAGCAGCGUCGGCUACCGCGAGGCUGCCAGCUCCGUCGUCCUGCGCGUGCUGCAGGAGUCCCACGCCUGGCAGCGGUCGCUCGACGAGCUGAGCCGCAGGCGCGACGCGCGCCAGUUCACGCAGCAGGCGGAGCUCCACGCCACCAUCGCAGCCUGCCAGGGGGAGUGGGUGGCAGCGUUGGCGCUGUUAGCCAGCAUGGAGCACUUCAGGCUGGAGAGGGACGUGGUGUCCAUCAGCGUUGCCAUCGGCGCCUGCGCGACGGGCGGCGAGUGGCAGCGUGCCCUGGGUCUGUUCUGGCAGGCCAGGGCUUCCAGCAUCGCUCCCAACCAGAUCGUGUACGUGAACAUGAUGCGCGGGUGCCACGCGCCUGGAGCGUGGAGGGUCGCGUUAGAGCUCUUGGCGGAGAUGGGCCGCGCUGCAGUCGAGCGCGACCGCAUCGUGUACCACUGCGCCGCGAGGGUUUGCACAAGCGAGGAGGGUUGGCGGCACGUCCUGCAGCUGCUGGAGCAGAUGCAGACUCAGAGCAUCUCGUGGGAUUGCCAGAGUUAUCUGCGCGCACUCGAUGCUUGCCUGGAGGGUGCAGCGUGGCAGAACGCCCUGCAACUGCUGCGCGAGAUGAGGGAUCGGGGCCACGAGCCAACUGCGGCCACCGUGCUCGUCGUGAUGAGCACAUGCGGUGCCGCCAUAUCGCUGGGGAUCUCCCCGCGCGAGUCGGAGGCCGCUGCACAACAGGCGGUUGCCAUGCUGCAGGCGAUGAAGGGGGACGCCCUGCGGCCCGACGUCACCCACUACAACUCCGCGAUGUCCCUGGCCCAGGCCGUGAAGUGGGAAAGCUCGCUGGACAUCUUCGAACAGGCAUGCAGCGAGGACAUCUCGCGGGACCUGACCUCGUUCACGCGGGCGAUGAAGGUGGGUGCGCACGUCCGCCUUUGGGAUGGGGCUCUGCACCUGCUGACGCGGGCGCGAAGCUUGUCCUUGCAGCCUGGGGCAGCUGCGCUGGACCCAGUUGCAUACGCCGGCGGACAGGGCCAGGGGUGGCACACGUCCCUCCGGCUCCUCGCGGACGCGCGCAGCCGCUUCGGCGCCGCCCCGGGCGAAUUGGACCCCUGCCGCCUGGUGGGCUCGAGCCAGCGCUGGAAGCUGGCGCUGGCGGCGCUGAAAGACGCGUCUCUCUUUUCCCUUCGGCCGGACACGAUGGCGUCGAUCUCCAGUGCUGCCGGCAAGGUCUGUGACGCCGCGGGGUUGUGGCAGCGGUCCCUGCACCUGCUUGCCGGCCAGACCUCGCAGGACGAGGGCCUCCAGCGCGAGGAGUACAUCGCGGCGAUUGGCCUCAUGCUGCGGGGUGCCCUCAGCUCCAAGCCCGGCGUGGCGCCCGACGAGGCGCCGAGUGAGCAGAUCCAGGCGCAGCCAGUCGCCGUGGACAAGGACCUGGCCGCGCGGCAGCGGGCCGCGCGCAGGGCCGCCCAGGCGGCCACGUGGCCCGAGUGGGGAGGCCCCCGGCACCUGGACGGGGACGCGCGGGAGGCGGGCGAGGCCGACGCCACGGCCAAGAGGGUCGCCGCGGAGGCCGGCUUCCUCGUGUCGGAGAGGGACUGGGAGCUCGCCCUCGGCCACCUGCACGACAUGCAGCGGCUGUCGCUGCCACCCGGCGUGGACGCCUACACGACGGUCAUCCGAGCCUGCGACCUAGGCAGGCAGUGGGAGCGCGCGCUGGACCUGCUGCACCAGAUGCGCGCGCAGGCUGUGCCUCCGGGCAGCCAGGCCUACGGAGGGGCCGUGAGCGCCUGCGACCGCUGCGGGCAGCUGGUGAAGGCCCUGAAGCUCCUGGACGACAUGCACCAGCACACGCUGGAGCCCGACAUGGUGACCUACAACAUUGCCAUCGGCUCCGCCAGGGGCACGCUCAAGACCAUGAAGGCGGAGGCGCAGAGGCUGCAGAAAGCCCAGCGCCGACGCGGCGGCAGACGGCCGCCCAGGCACGCGAAGGUCGGCCCGAUGCGGCGCGUGCUGUAGGCGCGCGGCACCGCUUGGGCCGGCCCUGUGGCGGGCUUGGAGAGCUCCAGGCUCGAAGGCUCGACGCCCAGGCCUGGAGUUAGGUCGGGCAUGUCCCUCCCUCCCUCCACAGGAGGGAACCGAAUCUCCAGAACAAGUAGUCCACAGAUAGUCUGGGAGCGAUUUUGGCCUGACUAUGUUUCACCAUUCGGGAGCACUGUUGGGCUAUCUGUAAGGUUUCGUCCAGGAUCCCGACGUGCCCGACCUGAGCUCGGAGGGGCGGGAGCCCCCGCGGAAAGCCUCCCGAGGCGGGAGGCUCGGCCUCGAGGCGCGGCCGUAGCGUGGCCUCCGCGCGCCGGGAGGUUCGCAGAGCGGAGCGCGCGCCGCGCGGAGAGCGAAGACGAGCCCGCGCCAGCGCGGAAGCCCCGCCGAGGGCGAAAGAGCUCUCUCGCGGGAGGGAGGAUCGACGAUCCUCAGGAGCUCGUGCCGGCCCGAAAGCCCCGAUGAGAUCAU